GUGUUUCUCGCCCUUAUCACGGUCGCUCAGUCAGCGGUCUCCCCUCGAGUCAUCUUUCCUCGCCUUCCUUCGACGUCUGUUGCUCGCUCUUUGGCGCACUCCAUGGAGAGCGGCGAUUCGGGGUUGCUCGCCGGAGCGGAGAUCCACGGCUUUCGGACGUCCGCAGAUCUGGAUGUGGAUAAGUUAAUGGAAGAUGCCUCAUCAAGGUGGUUUCGGCCUAAUGAAGUUUAUGCAAUAUUGUCGAACUACACACUUUUUAAGAUACAACCUCAACCAAUUGAUAAUCCUGCAAGUGGCAGGGUAUUGCUAUUUGACCGUAAAAUGUUGAGAAAUUUUCGCAAAGAUGGUUACAACUGGAAGAAGAAAAAGGAUGGAAAGACGGUUCAAGAAGCUCAUGAAAAAUUAAAAAUUGGUAAUGAAGAAAGAAUUCAUGUUUACUAUGCACGCAGUGAGGAUGACCCUAACUUCUACCGUAGGUGCUACUGGCUACUUGAUAGGGAUUUGGAGCGUAUAGUUCUCGUACAUUAUCGUCAAACAUCAGAGGAUAAUUCAUUUCAACAUGUUCCUGCAUCAGUAGAAUGUAAAGAAGUUGUUUCGGCUACUGGUAGGGUGCAAUAUGGUUCUCCAUCAACACCAGUGAAUUCAGCUGGUGGUUCUGCCCAAUCGGAGGUGUCAGGACACACAUUUGUUUCAGAAGAAAUUAACUCAAUAGACUACAAUGUCAGCGGCAAUGGUUCUGGUAAUUGCAUUGAACUUCAGAAUCAUGAGUUGAGUCUUCAUGAGAUCAACACACUAGAAUGGGAAGAACUAGUUGGAUCUACUGCAAAUAACAAUGCACCAAUAGUUUCUCUAGGUCUAUCUAAUGUUACUUCUGGUAAUGAUCAUGGUCGUGUUGACCAAUUAAAAGAUCAGGAGAUCACAUUGGUGCCAUUCAAGACAGGAAAUCCAAAUCCUCCAGUGGCAGAAUUUAAUUUGGAUGUUGCAGUUUGCAGUGAAAAUGCAAACAUUUAUAAUGCUGAUGUCCUUCUUACUCAGAAUAGUUUUGGAAGCUGGAACUGCAUAAAUGAUGAUUCUCUUGGUUUGAUAGACGAUACGCAACUUCAACCUAAAAGUUUGACCGGUGAUGAGGCCAGUCCAAUUGCGACCUCAUUAGGAGAUCAUAUUUUUAAUGUAACUGACAUCUCACCUUGCUGGUCUUAUUGCACAGAGAAUACAAUGGUCCUAAUUGUUGGAUAUUUUGGUGAAUCAAAGAAGCACCUAAUAUCAUCAAACAUCUACUAUGUCUUAGGUGAGAUAUGUGCCAAAGCAGAGAUGGUACAUCCUGGUGUCUAUCGGUGCAUGGCAUUUCCACAGCCACCUGGUCUUGUGGAUCUUUUUUUGACUCUGGAUGGCCACACACCAAUUAGCCAAGUUUUGAGCUUUGAUUAUCGACUUUUACCUAAUACUCAAAUGGAUGGUCCAGUCACUUCAUCAGAAGACAAUUAUAACAAAUUAAAGUGGGAAGAUUACCAGGUGCAGAAGAGACUUGCCUAUUUACUGUUUACUACAUCGAACAAUAUGUCCAUUUUAUCUAGCAGGAUACCACCGAAAUCCCUGAAUGAAGCAAAAAGAUUUGCAUCACUCACCUCUCCUUUAGUUGAAAAGGAUUGGAUAAAUUUGUUAAAACUGGAUAGCGCUGAUGGGGUCUCAUCUGCAUCAACUAGAGAUGACUUACUUGAGGUGGUUUUAAGAAAUAAGUUUCAAGAGUGGCUUUUGCUAAAGGUUGCUGAAGGUUGUAAAACAACUGACCAUGACAGUCAAGGUCAGGGAGUCAUACAUUUAUGUACUAUUCUAAAUUAUACAUGGGCAAUUCGUCUAUAUUUGUUGUCAGGCUUGUCCUUGGACUUCCGGGAUAUUCAUGGUUGGACAGCAUUGCAUUGGGCUGCAUCCUUGGGAAGGGAAAAAAUGGUUGCAGCUCUUUUAUCCGCUGGAGCAAAUCCUAGCUUGGUUACAGAUCCGACUACUGAAAGCCCUGGAGGAUGGACCGCUGCUGAUCUGGCAUCAAAACAAGGUUAUGAAGGCUUGGCAGCAUAUCUUGCAGAAAAAGGACUAUCUGCACAUUUUGAGGCUAUGUCAUUGUCAGGGAACAUAACUACUCAAGGAAGAUCUAUAUCAGUUACCAUAGAUAACUCUGAGAACCUUAGCGAGCCAGAACUAUGCCUGAAAGAAUCAUUAGCAGCAUACAGGAAUGCUGCUGAUGCAGCUGAUCGUAUACAAUCCGCAAUGAGGGAGCGUGCCCUAAAGUUUCAAACAAAAGCAGUUCAGUUGGUCAAACCUGAGAUGGAAGCAACCCAGAUAAUUGCUGCUCUGAAGAUCCAGCAUGCCUUUCAUAAUUAUAACAGACGAAAGCUGAUGAAGGCUGCUGCACGCAUACAAAGCCAUUUCCGCACUUGGAAGACACGGAGGGAUUAUAUUAACAUGCGUAGAAAGGCUAUUAAGAUACAAGCUACCUUCAGAGGGCAUCAAGUGAGGAAACAAUACCGCAAAAUUGUUUGGUCAGUAGGAGUACUUGAGAAAGCAGUCCUUCGUUGGCGGUUGAAGAGAAAAGGUCUCCGUGGCAUUCAAGUUGAAGCCACAAAAACAAUGAAAGUGGAUACGAUGCCAGAAAGCACUGGAGAGGAGGAUUUUUUUCGAAUCAGUAGGAAACAAGCUGAAGAACGGGUGCAGAGAUCAGUUGUACGAGUCCAAGCCAUGUUUCGCUCAUAUCGAGCACAGCAAGAGUACCGAAGAAUGAAGAUGGCACACGAGCAGGCUGAGUUGGAGUUCUGUGACGUCGAUCAACUCCGGUAGGAAGUGACGCAGCAGCUUCUUAGGGGAAGUUUUCUUGGCAUGUUUCCUCUGUACAAAUUCGUCUGGCUCUUCAUGUUUAACUAGGUGUUCAGAUAUGUUGUUUGCACCAGUUAACUUGAAGCUAGGGUUGUUUCUUCUAAUUAACCCAUGUGUAGCAUCAACACUGGCAUGAUAUUUCUGCAGUGAUGCCAGGCAAUUGUGGGAGUUCCAUCAUGAGUGAUCAUGCUGCAACAGAAGCAGUUUCCUUUCUUUUUUAGUUGUUGGAAAUGCCCUACCUAAUUGUGUAUGUAAUGCGUUUUUAACUUUUAAAUUAGAGGGCAGCAACAUGUUUGAGUUUAAAUUAGAUGUAAAAUUUUACUCUCUUAUGAUGUUGAAGUUCGAAAUGGGUGUAUAUGAGCCUACAUUAUAUAUAA